UACAUAAAAAAUAAUAAUAAUAAUAAUAAUUACAUUCUACAUGUACAUAAUUUAAUUAUUAUAUAAAACUUUAAUAUUAUAUUAUUAUACAUUUCCUCUCAUUUCUUCCUUGUUCAUCUCCCUCUCUCUCUUUCUUUCUAUUUUAACUAGAAUGCCUAAUUGUAGUUGUGGUGAGUUAUGCUUUGGAUGUGGUUUUGAUUCUCAAUGUAAAAUUAUAAAUAUAGAUACCAGAAAAGAUAGAAUAGAUCGUUGGCAAGCGACAUAUAUGAAUAAUGUUAUAGGAUUAGAUAGCUUAACAUCACCUAUUGAUGAAAAGCAAAGGCCUAUUUCUCUUCUUCAAACUAUGGAUAAAUCAACUUCAUUAUCAUUUAAUACAGAUACUACACCUGAAAUAUUUAGUCGUCGUUUAGAAAAUAGAAGGUCCAUGAUGCCUAAAAGUUUUACCAAUUCAUUAUUUAGCUCAGGAUGGCCACCAACUAGUAAAAUAGAUCCAGAUGAUACUAAUUGUGGAAAAUGCUAUAAAAAACUAGUUGGUAAAACCGUUCGUUUACCUGAUAGUCAAAUUAAAUAUCAUUAUCAAUGUUUAACAUGUAACGAAUGUAAUCAGCCUUUUAAAGAUACAUAUCUCUUUAUUGAUUCAUCGAAAAGCAUAUACCAUCCUACAUGUGCUCCUUCCAAUUCUAUUAUACAAACAUGCUUUAAAUGCACAGAGCCAAUAAUUGGAAGUUAUAUUUUAUUAAACUCAUCUACAUUACACCCAAAGUGCUUCAAAUGCGAUGGAUGCCAAAAGGUACUUACGCCUUCGUCAAUAUAUAUUAAUAUGAAUGGCUCGUACUGUCAAAGUUGUGCAAAUGAAGAUUUGGCUAGUAGUAAUAAGGAGGCGCUCACGAAACACAUGAAGAUUGUACCUCAAUUGCAACAAAAUUUUAUUACUGCUAGUCAUGUUAAUAAAUUAGAUACUUGUACUUAUCAUCCAAGAGAAAGUAACUAUUGUAAUAGUAACCCUUCUACAGAAAACGCAUCCAUAUCUUCAGUCAAAUUUACUACUAAUAGUGAAUUAUCCAUUUCAAACUUGCCGUCAAUUAAGCCUUCGUCGCUAAUGAGUACUAGAGGUCGUCCAUUGCCUCGUUUUGGUGUUAUAAGAGAAUGUGCAGGUUGUAGUCAGCGUAUACAAUCUGUACAUGAAGAAAUACCAGGACCUAAAGCUUUAAAGUGGCAUAAAAAAUGUUUAGUCUGUAAGGGAUGCAAUAAAGUCUUAGACUCUGGAGCUACGGUUCAUAAAGAUGAGAAAUCAAGUGCCUUAAUACCAUGGUGCACAGGUUGCUUGGUAAGUAUCAUAUACAUAUGUAUAUGUAUACUAAAUUAAUGUUUUAUUAUAUGUGGGUGAAUAGUUAAACAAAAAGCACAAGCAAUUCACAAAUUCUCUUUCUGAGAGACUUAUUUCAUCAGUUUAUAAUAAUAAAUCUGAUUAUUAGUCAUCAUAUUUAUUAUACGCUAUUUAUUUAUCUAUCCGUAUAUUUAACCACGAUUAACACAUAUACGAC